AACUGCUAGAAUUACGUUUUACACCAACAAAUACGGUGUAUUUUUGCUAGACCAAUGACUGCUAGAAUUUUUUAGCAUAAUGGCGAUUUCUUUUUGACAGUUGACUCUACUUUUGGCGCACGUGUUUUCUCACGCACCGUCCUCAAAAAAUCAAAUAAAAAUAUGAAUGCCGAAAAAUUGAAAAAGUUGCAAGCGCAAGUGCGCAUUGGUGGUAAGGGUACUCCUCGUCGUAAGAAGAAGAUCGUACACUCCACCCCCGCUACAGAUGAUAAGAAAUUGCAAUCAUCAUUGAAGAAGUUAUCGGUCAACACCAUACCCGGCAUUGAGGAGGUCAACAUUAUCAAACAUGACGGUACCGUCAUCCAUUUCAACAACCCCAAGGCUCAAGCUUCAUUGCCCACCAACACCUUUGCCAUUACUGGCCAUGGCGAGAACAAGUCGAUUUCUGAAAUGUUACCAGGUAUUUUAACACAAUUGGGUCCCCAAGAUAUCACACAAUUGAAAAAGAUUGCCAGUGAAUUGGCCAACAAGAGUGGUGCCGCCGCUGCUGGUGCUGCCGGUGCCGCCGCCAACGCUGGUGACGAUGAUGUACCCGAUUUGGUAGAAAAUUUCGAAGAAGUCGCUAUUGGUGCCGCUAAACCCGCUGAGACUGCUGAAGCUGCCAAAAAACCAGAAGAAAUUCCAGUGGCUUAGACGCGAUAGGUUCUUUUUCAUUAGAGGGGGAUGUUAUUUAAAAAACAAAACAAAAACCAUUAUUUUUACUAUAUUAUAUAUACUUAUAAAAUUUAAACAACCUUUUUAUUAUUAUAAUAUCUACUACCACAUCCGUUGAGUGACUUAACCGUUAAAAAGUAUGCCACCAAGUUACAUGUGUGUGCAAGUCUGGUGGAUGUAAAGGAUGUUUAUAUAUAAAAGCGUUGCUGCAUAAAGGGGGGUUCAACACAAUUCGUAUUUCUUCUGUUUGGAUGAAAUGAAGGAACGAUGACGAAGAGAAGGUGAUUUUCUGGACAUUUAACAACAAACGGAUGAAUGUUUUUGUUUAAUUGGGCGUUAAGUAGUAAGCAUGAUUUACUAUCCAACUCUACUAUUUUUAAAACUUAAUCAUAACAAACAACAAUAAGCUUAAACAAAUAAUAGUAAGAAGAAAUUUGUUAAAUUGAAUGAAAACUUAAAAAAAAAACAAACAAACAAGUGUAGUACACAACAAAAUACAAUACAAAAAAAUAUUAAAAGCUAAGGAGAUUUCCUUUAACCAAAAGAAAAGAGAAUCUCCUUAAAAGAAAACAAAAACACCCACAUGUUUAGCAAAUUCUUAAUACCAUUAAAACAAACAAGAACAUCAUACAAAA